GCGAAGAGAACAUUCCUUGACUGGAUUGCAAUGGGUAGCAAAUUUGCAUUCGUGGCGGGAGGAGGCUCAGUGUAUCUACUAGUCAUGAUCGCCAUCCAGAACCUCAGGGUUCCUUUGGGCGCGAUUGAUGGCCAUUCCGCCCAGGACAUAGGCAACAUGCUACGAUGGCCGGAUGACUCACGGACGGGACGAAUGGUGAAGGACACGGUGAUCCCAACUGUAUCACUCGUACAAAAGCACUACCCGACGAUGUUUGAAGACCUAUUCCCAAUGUCUAAGACAGGCCGACCGACCUCUACCCUUGUCCUGGAUCGCAAUGAUGUGUUUUUUGACACUCUCAAGUUCAAUUCGUUCAAACUUGUUCCAAGGAUGCAUACUGCUUGGGAGCCUUGCAAUCAAGCCGUCCUGGUCGAUUCACCUGCCGUUGCAACGUCGUCAGUGCAAACCCUGCAACCGGUGGAUGACAGACUGGAUGGGCCACCAUCACACUCUCCCCUUCCUCCUCUGUCUCCCUUAUCAUCUCUAUCGUCUCUGUCUCCGGCGCAGACGCUACCAUCUCCGCUCUCUCGUCAUAGUAGUUGCGCCCCGGAACCUGUUCCAUCGCCACACGGCCAACUCAUUCUCACGUCCUAUGACGCUCAAACCGACACAAACAGACGGUAUCCCGCCCCCCGUGACAAGGAGCAGAACAUAGCGUGGACAGAGAACGCGCGUUCACUCGCUAGCAAAGCGAGUGCACCAGUAAGUCUACAAGAUUUCGACGCUCAGCUUCAAACUGCGUACACAGGCGGGGAGAGAGCCCAUCCUGAGGCUUACAUUCGUGUGCCAACGAACACGAUAGUCAGGGAUGUCCUAACCAUUCGAGGCGUGGAUCACUCGUUGGUUGCCAGCAUCUGCACGUCGAUGCCGGAUACCAUGAAACGGACUCUAAUCGACCGUCUCCUUGCAAGCUUCAAUUCAGACCCUUUCAAGACUGCAGACGCAAACUCAGCGACCGGCGAACGAACAUUUGAAGCGAUCCAUUUCUCAUGGUACAACCGUCACUGUACACAGGGACAUUCUGCGCCUGCGGACAUCCCUCCCGCUCUGCUGAGCAGAGCGGGUUGUACUCAAACCAACCAUGGUCAAUUUUUACCGUACAUGUCGAGGGACAUGGAAGACCACCAGACAGUCUACCAGUCCCUCAAAAGUGUCUUCGCAGACGUGUUCGGUUGGAUAGAUGACCAGCUUCAAAUGUUCUUGCCAGGGGAAUACGAACGGCUUGAAGCUACGGCCGCUAUUCUACCUGGUAAUAACGUCUCGGUGGUCAGCCCAUUCGUCGGACUAGUGGUCAACCUCAACGUUGUCACUCGAGCCCACAGAGACAGCAAAGAUGACGGUGUAUGCCUUGUCUUGCCAAUUGGUGAAUUUGACGGCGGUGAGUUGUGUCUUGUGGAGCCAGGCCUCAUCAUUCCACUUUGA